AUGUCCGAGCACGAGGGUAAAUCUCUUGAAAAAUCGUCAUCGAAUCGAACGGUUCCGUCUGCUCUCUCAAAUGCUAAAUCAGUUCGGAAGACCGAGAACGUGGCCAACAUGCAAGUGCCCUCAACGAACCUUUUUCUCCGCAACUCCCUCUUUUUCAGAGUCCCAUUCAAUGCUUGCCUUUUCACCGUUCUGACCGUCUCCGGAUCCCUGCAGCUGACCGCUCUCUUCCCGAACUUUGGCUCUUUCCUCUCUCUUCUCAUCUCCUUUUUCACUUACGAGGUCGGUUACUCGCCACGUGCUUCGGCUCGAAUUGCUCUUUCCAGUGGUUCAACUUGCACUUCCCGUCGAUGACCAGGUCCCGUCGCGCAUGUUUCGACAUUGCGAACGUGCUGGAGACGUACCAGCCGAGAGCCCGAACCCAUGGGCAUCUCUUCGUGGUCCGUAUCUUGGCAGUCUUUUUAUCUUCCAGUUUUUUCCCAUCUUUCAGCCGGAUCCGCCUACACCGUGCGUAAAGAUUGCCGAAGAGGGAAAUGAGCACGAUAUGCCGAAGGAGAAGAAUUCGUUUACUAACGCCAGGGACUCUGUAAUCAUCCGACCAGUUUCUCCCUUCAUUCUUAUUGUUUCAGCACUACGAGAACAUGUACCAGAAGGCGAUUCAGAUGGCGAAAGAGAUGGAUCAGAUGGAGAAAGUGGCGGCGAGUCCGAACAUGGAUGGGGCACAGAACGCCGAACUGAAACCGGCGAAUCCGGAGAAGGAUAGGAAGGAGAGCGAGGAAAAGAGCAAGAAGGCGAAGGCGAAGUACGAUGCCGACAUGGCGAAACCGUUCAGUUGCUGA